AUCAAUAAUAUUGGCAACAUCACAGAGAUCUGCUUCCUGUUGCAUUGCUCUAUUUCCGUUCGUUGCUUCUAGGUCAUAUUGCAUAGCCGCAAUGUCGGCCACAAGGACUAGCCCAUCAUGGCUGUUGACACUCUUCACUGUCUUCACCGUGUUGUCUGCACAAGCACGCGCACUCCAUGUAUACAUGGAAGGCCAGCAACGGAAGUGCUUCUUUGAAGAAUUGCCCAAAGAUACAUUGGUUGUUGGAACAUACAAGGCCGAAAUCUUGAACAGAGAGUCCAAUAUCUGGGUCCAAGACUCCUCACUCCAAGUACUCAUCACAGUCGAAGAAACCUUUGAUAAUGAUCACCGAGUCGUCUCUCAGCGCACGCCGAGCAACGGACGCUUCACAUUCACUGCUGCGGAUGCUGGACAACACCGAAUCUGCUUCACUCCGGACUCGCAGAGUCAAGGUUGGCUUUCCAGUGCGCCCACUGUGAAAUUGGCUUUGGACGUCGCUAUUGGUGCUACCAGCAAGAUUGAAACCGAGGACUCCGGGAAGAUUUCGGAUAUUACACAAAGAGUGAAGGAUCUCAAUAGUCGGUUGGAGGAUAUUCGUCGUGAACAAGUAUUCCAACGGGAACGAGAAGCUGAGUUCCGUGAUCAAUCCGAAGCUACCAACUCCCGUGUCGUUCGUUGGACUUUGAUACAAUUAGCCGUCCUUUCUAUUACAUGCGCGUGGCAAUUGUCGCAUCUCCGAUCCUUCUUCAUCAAACAGAAAUUGACUUGAGCAAGUGAUUAUGAAUGUAUAAGCGAAGAAAUUUGUUUGUCGGCAUGCUGGUGUAUGGUGCGGGAUUUUUGUUGAACUCAAGACAUAUGUGUUCAAUUUGCGAGAUUUUACGCCUACUUAUGUUUUCUAUACAAUGCUCAUCCUCUAUGUGUAGAGGAGCUAAGUAAUGGGCUUUGGAGGCAUGAAUUGUAAUGAUAGCAAGAAAAUUGGUUUGUUAUGCGGCAUUAUUUUAGGGUUAGUUCUAUCAGAGCGCAUUUCCUUUACUAUUUCAAGGCACUAUGCUCUUCUAUUU